AUUCCAAACUGCCAGAAGCCAGCCCCCUGCAUGAGAUCAGAGCAGUCAGCAGCACUGCUCCGAAACACACGGGGAAAGUAAAUACUAUCUUUAUAAGAGCCCAAGACAGAGGGAGGUGAAAAGUGGAGAGCAAAGCACUAGCAAGUUAUUGAGGAGCAUGGCCCCAUCAUGCUGCUUUGUACUCCAGAUUUGGAGCAUUCUUUUCUGUGUAUUUGCACAAGCAGAGGCUGGUGAACAACAGGAAGACAGCUUGUACAUGUGGAUUGAUGCUUACCAAGCAAGAGUGUUAAUAGGCUUUGAAGAAGAUAUAUUAAUUGUUUCUGAGGGGAAAAUGGCACCAUUCACUCAUGACUUUAGAAAAGCCCAGCAGAGGAUGCCCGCUAUCCCUGUCAAUAUCCAGGCAAUGAACUUUACCUGGCAAGCCACAGGACAGGCAGAAUACUUUUACGAGUUCCUGUCUCUUCGUUCUCUGGAUAAAGCAAUCAUGGCUGAUCCAACCGUUAACAUACCAUUAUUGGGAACUGUUCCACACAAGGCUUCAGUUGUACAGGUUGGUUUUCCAUGCCUUGGCAAUCAAGAUGGGGUGGCAGCAUUUGAAGUUAAUGUAAUAGUUAUGAAUUCAGAAGGCAAUGUGAUUCUUCAAACACCACAAAAUGCCAUCUUUUUCAAGACAUGCCAGCAAGCAAAAUGCCCUGGUGGAUGUAGAAAUGGAGGCUUCUGUAAUGAAAGACAUGUCUGUGAAUGUCCGGAUGGGUUCUAUGGACCACACUGUGAAAAAGCACUCUGCACGCCGCGGUGUUUAAAUGGUGGACUCUGUGUAACUCCAGGAAUGUGCAUCUGUCCACCGGGUUACUAUGGCAUCAACUGUGAUAAAGCAAACUGUACAAUAAACUGUCUAAAUGGAGGAACAUGUUUUUAUCCAGGAAAGUGCAUCUGCCCAUCAGGUUAUGAGGGAGAUCAGUGUGAAACAAGUAAAUGUCACCAGCCAUGCCGAAAUGGAGGCAAAUGCAGUGGUAAAAACAAAUGCAAAUGUUCCAAAGGCUACCAAGGAGAUCUCUGCUCAAAACCUGUUUGUGAACCCACAUGUGGCUCACAUGGAACCUGCAUUGAACCCAACAAAUGCCAGUGUAAGGAAGGAUGGAAUGGCAGAUACUGUAACAAACGCUAUGGAGCAAAUGCCAUGAAUGCUCUAAGGCCAACAGGUACCAAAAACAGACAGCACACGCCUUCACCUAAGAGGACUGAAGACAGGCACGUCCCACCCGAGUCUAAUUAUAUUUGGUGAAGACCAGUACGCAAAGUUCUGAGCAUUCCUUAACCUUCAUUGUGUUGCGGGAUACAAUGCUGUUCGUAACAGUUUGACAUUACUGGCAUGAAUGUUGCUAACUUCAUCAUAAUAAACCUCUGACAUAACAUUUCAUUUUAUGUAAUUGUUAUAGGAGCUUAGUAUUUUUUCAGUGGUUCUUAUAACCUAUGUAAUAUAUGUCCACCAUUCAUUAUGUUUAUUAUUGAAAUAAUAAAACUCAUUUCCAAGGAGAGAUAAGAGGUAGUGACAUUGGGGGUAAUUCAGAGUUGAUCGCAGCAGCAAAUUUGUUAGCAGU